AUGCUUUUCAAGUCAGUCCUCACCAGCGUCUUGUCGAGAGUGCCCAUGGCGUCGAUCGCCCGGGAGGAGGAACAGUGGCCGACCAACAUGCCCCUCAACAUUACGGCCUUGUCCUCGCGCGGCGGGUACUCGGUUCUUGUGUGCUGGCAGCUGGAGACCGAGGCGGUGAAUGCAAGGUCGGCCCUGAACUGGAUCGUGAGCGCAAACACAACCCAGGCGGAGCUGUCCAUAAUCCAGCCGAGGACAGCGGUCGGUGAGGCGUGGGCCCCGGCGGUGCAGUUGACCGGUGUUCUUAACGGUCUCAUUCGGAUCACAGCCCCUUAUACUCCUCCAGGCGUCAACAGUACCGUCGAAAUCAAUGUUGCUUACGCGAUGCCCGGGACGAUAUCCUCAUCGUUCCUGAUCGCGGCCGACCUGCCUUCGAUAAGCACUGUCGCCGGGCAUUAUACGGAGUUCCCCAGCGAUGAGCCGACCGUGUUAGUGCAGGUGCCGUUCUCGAACAAUGAGUUCCCGGCACAUUCUGUGCUGCAUGAUGGUCCUUGUCUGUAA